UUUAGUUAAGAAUACAAACCUUAUUAUCGACGAAGUGUAAACGUUGUUAUAAAUAAAGCUGUCGCCAUGAUUAUUUCCAAAUGCGCAUUAUAAUUUGAAAAUAGGAGGAACAGGUUGCGUUGAAUUCAAGUUGUAGUUGUAAUUAAAGAGUUAAAGAUAAAUAUGUCGUUUGCGGCUGGUGUCGGAACUUUUAACAGUUGCGAUAAACCAGGAUCCAUUCUUAAAUUCACUGAGCACCUAAGGACGCAUCCAAACGAUUACGAUGCAUUAAUGUGGCGGUCUAAGGCACACAACAUUGUUGGAAAUCCACAGGAGGCUCUUCGGGAUCUACAAACUGCCAUGUCGGUAAGCAGUGGUAUUAAACAUGAUGUUGCUAAAGGUGAAUAUAUACGUUUAACAACUAAUGACCUUGAACAAUUCGGUAAUCACGCGAAGACAACAGUUGACAGAUAUAAAAAUGAAUGGAAAGCUUGGGGCCAACUUGGCUUUUAUAACUCGAUUACAAAUGAUACAUCGGAAGCUGUACGAUGCUGGGAAAAUGCUCUUUCGCUGGCGAAAGAACGCCAAGAGACAAAAGAUCCCGAAAUUUGCUGGACAUAUUUUAAUGUUGGAAAUCAUCUUUUGAGUAAUGGGAAAGUAGUCGAUGCAAAAACAUAUUUCACAAAUGCAGUUGAAUCAUGUCCCACCCAUACCGUGUCACAUAUUGAAUUAUGUCGUGUCAACCUUUUACAAGGCAACCAGCAAGAUGCUAGAGAGAAUUUCAAAACGGCUUCACAACUUAAUCAAGGUUUGGCAUUGACCGUUUUUAAAACCAACAACUUCGAUGAGUAUUUGCAGCAGUCUCAACUACAACAAUCUAUGGAAACACUGUCUUUGUCAAGUGCACCCAGGUCUACUACGGCAAAAACAUCAGAGUCAGGUGCGGCUGGAGGAGCUAGUGGUGGACCUGGUGGUGGAUCAAGAGGUGGAGGAGGUAGCAGUGAUGAUGACGACGACGAAGAUGUGAGCGCGAUUUGGAAAAGAUUGCAAAAGGAAGCCCCGUGUAUUAAGAGGUAUGGUGGUCAUAAAUACGUCCAGUCAAAAUGCGGAAAAUACUGGUACAGCAGAGAUACGGCAAGACACGGUGGUGCACAGUUCAAGAGAUAUGAUGACACAG